AUGGAUAUUGAUCUUAGGCUCCCUUCUGGAGACCAUGAAAAUGAAGAGAAAGAAGAGGAGGCGAAAGAGAUGAGCAACAUGAUAGAUGCUGAACAUAAAAUACAUAAUGAAGAGUUUUUAUCCAUUCGAGACAAAUCACCUCCUGAGAAUGACAUAGGACUGAAUUCUCCAUCACUUGAUAUGGCAGAAUAUAAAGAAGAUGACAUAAAUCUUGAACCAAUUGCAGGCAUGGAAUUCGAAUCACAUGGUGAAGCAUAUUCUUUCUAUCAAGAAUACGCAAGAUCCAUGGGUUUCAGCACUGCAAUACAAAACAGCCGAAGAUCAAAAACAUCCAGAGAGUUCAUUGAUGCAAAAUUUGCAUGUUCAAGAUAUGGAACAAAACGUGAACAUGACAAAUCAUUCAAUCGACCACAUGGCAGACAUAGAACCAAUCAAGAUCCUGAAAAUGCUUCUGGAAGAAGAUCAUGUUCCAAAACAGAUUGCAAAGCAAGCAUGCAUGUGAAAAGAAGACCCGAUGGAAAAUGGAUCAUCCAUAGAUUCGAAAAAGAACACAACCAUGAACUUUUACCUGCUCAAGCUGUCAGUGAACAAACAAGAAAAAUGUAUGCUGCCAUGGCUAGACAAUUUGCAGAGUACAAAAAUGUUGUUGGUUUAAAGAAUGAUUCUAGUAACCCUUUUGAUAAAACCCGUAACACAGCUUUAGAAGCAGGAGAGGCGAAUAUACUCUGCAAAUUUUUUGUCCAUAUGCAGAGUAUAAAUUCGAAUUUCUUUUAUGCAAUAGAUUUCAUGUUACUUGGAUGUGCUCUGCUAUCUGAUGAAAGUAGUGCCACUUAUUCAUGGGUUAUGCAAACAUGGUUGGCUGCAAUGGGUGGAAGAGUUCCUAAAGUUGUGAUCACUGAUAAAGAUCAUAACUUGGAAUCUUCAGUUGCUCAAAUCUUUCCAUCUUCAAAGCAUUGUUUUUGUUUAUGGAACAUAAUGGGGAAAAUAUCUGAAGCUCUUAAUCAAGUGAUUAAAGAGCAUGAUAAUUUCAUGGCGAAAUUUGAAAAGUGUAUCCAUAGGUCAUGGACAGAUGAGCAAUUUGAGAAGAGAUGGUUUAAGAUAAUAGAAAGAUUUGGACUUAAAGAUUAUGAUUGGAUGCAGUCUUUAUAUGAAACCCGUAAGCAGUGGGUCCCAAUCUAUAUGAAAGAUGUUUGUCUAGCUGGAAUGUCAACUCCUCAAAGAUCCGAAAGUGUAAACUGUUUUUUUGACAAAUAUGUCCAUAGAAAAACGAGUGUGCAAGAGUUUAUAAGACAGUAUGAAACUAUAAUCCAAGAUAGAUAUGAAGAAGAAGCAAAAGGGGAUUCUGACACAUGGAACAAACCUCCAACAUUAAGGUCUCCAUCACCUUUUGAAAAACACGUGUCAAGUAUAUACACACACACAGUUUUCAAGAAAUUUCAAGUUGAAGUCUUGGGUGCUGUUGCUUGUAUGCCUAAAAAAGAAGCACAAGAGGAAAUGGUGGCGACUUUUAGGGUUUCUGAUUUUGAAAAGAACAUGGAUUUCAAUGUUUCUUAUAACGAGUCAACAUCUGAAGUGACAUGUAUCUGUCGUUUGUUUGAAUUCAAGGGGUUUUUAUGUAGACACGCGAUGAUUGUUCUUCAAAUUUGUGGUCUUUCUACUAUUCCAUCUCAGUAUAUUCUGAAAAGGUGGACAAAAGAUGUGAAGAACAGGGGUUUGAUGUCUGAAGGGGGUGAGCAGUUGCAGUAUAGGGUUCAGAGGUAUAAUGAUUUAUGUCAAAGGGCAAUUAAAUUGGGGGAAGAGGGGUCUUUAUCUCAGGAGAGUUAUAAUUUGGCAAUUGGUGCACUUGAAGAGGUUUAUACAAAUUGUGUUUGUUUAAACAAUUCAAAUAAGAAUCUUAUUGAAGUGGGGACAUCAAGUGGUCAAGGUGUUUUGAGGAUUGAAGAUGAUAAUCAAAGAAACACACGUGCAAAUAAAAAGAAGAAUCCUAUGAAGAAAAGGAAGGCAAACUCAGAGCAGGAUAUUAUGACUGUUGGAGGCCAAGACAGCUUGCAGCAACUGGACAAAUUGAGCUCACGAUCAAUAGGUCUAGAUGGGUAUUUUGGUCCACAGCAAAGUAUGCAAGGAAUGGUUCAGCUUAACUUGAUGGCACCUUCAAGAGAUAAUUAUUAUGGAAACCAACAAGCUAUUCAAGGACUGGGACAAUUGAAUUCAAUAGCACCAAAUCAUGAGUGUUAUUAUGGUGCUCAACCUACCCUUCAUAGCCUGGGUCAAAUGGACUUCUUACGUGCACCAGGCUUCACAUAUGGCAUUCGGGAGGAGCCUAGUGUGCGAACCACCCAAUUGCAUGAUGAUGGGUCAAGACAUGCAUGAGCUUAUUAUGUUAUGGUGAGCGGAUCUUUUUAUUUGCCAAGGAGAGAAUAGUUUUGAGAUGGAAGAGGGUGUAGGGGACUCACUUGGAUGGGAAUUUACUGUUUUGCCCAUGAAUCACCACGAGGAGAGCUUCAAAGGUGUAUCUUCAUCAUCCUGUAUGUAUGUAUGUAUGUGUUGUGGGAGAAAAGUUAGGAGCUGUUGUCCCACAAAAUUUGUUGUAUUAAGGGGUAUUUUCCACGCCAAGUCUUUAUGAAUAUGAAAAUCAAAAUUAGAAUAUGAGCAAAAUAUGUAAGUUAAUGAUUUAUCUUGUUGUAAAAAAGGUUGUGUAUUGAAAUAAUUCAACUCUAUAUGGGCAU